ACGGGACGCAUCCGGCACCGACGACGCCUCCCACUGUCGUGUACCGAAUGCCACCACCCACGGCGGGUGGCAUAAACGAGCCUCAGGAAUGUCCGUACUGCCGUCGCAUGUUUUCAUGCUACUACUCCCUCAAACGCCACUACCAAGACAAACACGAGCAAUCGGACACGCUCUACGUCUGCGAGUUCUGUAACCGUAGAUACCGUACGAAGAACUCGCUGACCACGCAUAAGAGUCUGCAGCACCGCGGUACCAGCGGUGUGCUCAAGCGACUUCUCAAGGCCUCAGCGAUCAAGAACGUCCUCGGUAGCAUGCAUCACCAGAUACACAUGCAGCAGCAACCGCAAUGA